CCACACAAAGAAAGAAAAAGUGUAAAAAACGGCAGGAAAAUCCACAUUCGUCAUUUUUCUGCUUUCGGCAGACAGUAAUUUUUUCGCUACAAUAUUUUUUAGUUAAUAGCCGGGGAUACCUCAAAAUUUAGUAUUUGCAUGAAUAAACUUUAUAGUGAGCAAUUAAAGUUCGUAGAUUGCGUGCAAACAAAGAAGAAAAUAUAAUCCGGGAACGUUAAAUAAGUAGCCAAGCGUGAAUAUAUGUCAGAAAUGGAGUUACGUACACGUUCUAAAUCAAGCCUUUCACGGAGUUGUUUAAACGUUUUCUCAAUAUAUUUGGUCAUAUUUUCUACAUUUACUGUAUUCACAUCCCUAAUGGCACAUGUUGACGAAUUGGAUUUAGAUGAAGACUUAGUAACACCAACAAAUUCCUUAAUAGAGUUGAAUGAGGAUAAUUGGCAGUUAAUGCUACGCGGCGAAUGGAUGGUGGAAUUCUUUGCUCCAUGGUGCCCUGCCUGUAAAAAUCUCGCGCCAACAUGGGAACGCUUUGCUAAAACUGCAAAGGAUCUACAUGUAAGUGUGGCCAAGAUUGACGUAACCACAUCUCCAUCCUUAAGUGGGCGUUUCUUUGUUACUGCUCUGCCAACAAUUUAUCACGUUAAAGAAGGCGAAUUCCGUCAAUAUCGGGGUUCACGCGAUGGCGACGCUUUAAUGUUGUUCCUUAAACAAAAGCAAUGGAAAAAACUUGAACCAAUUUCAGCAUGGAAGAAACCUGACACCAUACACAUGUCUAUACUAUCGUACUUCUUUAAAUUAUCGCACACUUUGAAGGAUUUCAAUGUACGUCUCCAGGAAGAAUACGGUCUCCCAACUUGGGGUUCAUACGCGCUCUUCGCCAUCGGUACCAUAUUCAUUGGCGCCGGUUUGGGUUUGUUACUCGUUUGUGUUGUCGACUUUUUAUAUCCACCAAAGAAAUCACAACGUCAAAGCUUCUCCGAAUUCAAAGAGAAAUCUGCUGGUUCAGAUGGCAUAGAAGACUUAGCUGCUGAUGAAAUUGAGGAUGAAAACGAUCUAGCUGAUGAGCAGGAUGAUGAUGAAGAUGAUGACGACGACGAUGACGAAGACGAAGACAACAAUGAAGAACAAGAUGAUGAUAAUGUCGAUGGGGCUGGUGCAGAGGAAGACGAUGCCGCUGGCACUUCGGAUGGUGAGAAAAACUCAAAUGCUAGUGAAUCAGAUGAACCAGAAAGUGAGAAAGAUAUCAAGAAAUCAGCUGGCGAUGGCAAUACACAGACACAGGCAUUCAUUGAUAAAGAGAAGAAGGAAAUGAGCAGCACUAGUCCGGCUGAGGUGCGUAAACGCAAACCACGAAAAGCUGAUUAAGAUUCACAGAGUCGAAAACUUAAAAACAAAAUGAAAUAAAAAACAAUGCGUUUUCAAAUAUACAAAUAUUCAAAUCAAAUUUAGUUAGCGUACAGAGUUUGAACUCUACUCUUAUAUUGCAAACGCCUACCUUUUGCCUAUAAUAUGUCUUUUUUUUCAUUUAGUUUAGUUAUCCAAUUUGAGUAUUUUGCUGUAUUAGAUGAGAGAAAAAUUUCGUGCGUCAUAUUAAAGAGGCGAACUUAUAAGAAAUUACAUUGAAAGCAUCUCUAUUUAUUAAAAAGAAGCACGAAAUAACUGAUUAGUCCACAUAAAACAUAACUGUAUAUCACAUUGGUGUAUUAUCAAAAUGAAGUUUAAUUAUCAAGCUUAUACAAAUUACAAAUACAAACUAAUAUUGCUAAAUACAACAACGCACAAAUGUUAAUUGCAGUUUUUGAACAUAAAUUUGUUGACUUCAAAUAAUUCUACAACAUACAUUUGUUGUUAGUGUUUGUUUUCUUCACAGGCAUCAAUUGUGCAAAAAAAUACAAAUUAGCCUUAUUUAAUUGAAAGCAAAAGAAUCGAUCUAAUUUUUUUUUAAUAUUGAUGUUAUUUUAAUUUUUGUACUAGUUUUUUAGCAGACGCGGUGGAGUGCUAAAAGAAAUAAUUAACUUAUAAGAGUUGCAGCAAACAUAAGUAUACAAAUGUACAUGCAUAAUAACCAUAAAAAGGAGAUAUAAAAAGCGUGUGCAAAUGGUACACUAAUCAAAUUUAAUACAACAUAAAAUGAGAUAUUCUAAAAUAUAACAAACAAACGAAACAUUAUUGUGUAGCAAAAGAACACAAAACCGACUGUAAAUUAAUAUUUAAGAUGUCGCUUAUUACUGAUAUUUUUCCGCACUUUAAAACGCAUUUGUAUUUAUUUACAAAAUCAAUUACACAAUCAUCACCACUUUACUGUGCUUUAACGGCAAAUAUUGAUCUUUUUUACAUACCUUAUAUCUUAUUUAAAAAGAAAUAAACUUUAUUAUUAAAAAAACUAAUUUACUUAAAAGUAUAAAAUAAAAUUAAUCAAAUUUUGCGAAACUAGCUAAGUUCAAAUGUUUACCUGCUAACGCUACGUGUUAAUGGGAUUUGACUGUACUUUGUAUUUUUCUCUAACAAAUUACACUCGGAAGAAUUUUCGCUUCAUUGAAAUUUGUAUUCAAAAGUAUUUUCUAAAGUGUAUGCAAUGGAAAAUACAUUUUACUAAGCAAUUAUAACUAUGUAUUUUAGCUUAAAAAUUAUUUUUAACAAAAAAGUAUUUCUAUUUUAUAAAAAUUUGUUUAAGCACUAAAACAAAAUUUUCUUUUUAAAUAUAAAAGUCGUUUAUUUUUUUUAUUACAUAUAAAACUAAAUUCUAUUUUACAUAAAUAAACAACAAAUGAAUCAAACUUG